UUUAACUUUUAUUAUGGUUUUAUCAAAAAUAUUAUAGGCCUAGAGUACUAAGAGUACUGUAGGUAUUAGCUUUCAUACAGUAUUCGGAGCUAAAUGGCAUCUGUGUGCAGUUUUCGACCAAUUGGUCUAUACGUUACUCGGUGGGCCAUCGUCCGGCACACCGGCAAGCCACGCAUUGGGGUGAAGGAAACUCAUCGACCACAUAUCAAGAGAGGACAGAUAAUUAAAAUGGCAGAGCCAGUAUAUCCAGAGGACAUUCGCGUGGAUGCGGAGCGUUGCACCAGGCGGAGAAAGUUAAUCGAGAUGAUAACUGAGAAAAAUACGAAACCAACCCAGUAUGAGGCUUUUCUUGCCGGCCAGGUCUACAAGACUUUCGAGGAGAAUGAAUUGGUUGCCGUCUUCCACAAGAUGCCGGUGUCCAAUCGAGAUUUCUACGCCAUCAGGCUUCAAUUGCACAAGGCCGGCUUUGCAACGUCUUGGUUCAACAGCAAGGUGCUACGGUGCGCAGUUACAGACACAAAAUAUGCCAACUUGUUACCACUGUUUACAUCAAUGUGUGUGCUGGUCAGCUGCAAGGAGUCUAAGGUUGGAGAGCUCAUUAAGAAUACAAGGCGACAGUCGAAUCUCUACCUGCUUGGUGGAGUCGUUGAUAAACAGAUAGUCAGCCUGGCCGACAUGAAGAGAUAUAUGGAGCUGUCGAGUAUGGACUCAGUCAGAUCACAGUUGUGUGCCAUUCUGAACAUGGCUGCCAGUAGAACAACUAAUUUGCUGAGUAGCCACCAGUCGCAACUCUCCAGAAACCUGGAGCAGUACGUCAAGCAGGAAACAGCUGGCUCCACCGAGGAGUCUGAUGGUGGCAAAAGUUGACUCGAAAGAUCAAUAAUAUGACAAAUAAUGUCGCCCAAUGUCUUAUAAUUAUUCCAGGCACGUAAAUAGUUCCCAGCCACAUUCUAUUAUUACCAGAAUAUGAUAAAUUGGUAUUAUCAGAAAUACACAAACCUAAGUCGCUAUGCAAUUCUACUCUACUCCAUAGGAUCAGGAGCGCUAUAGGAUCAGGAGCUCCAUAGGAUAGGAUAUACGCUCCUGAUAGGAUCUACCCACGUUUAAUAGGCUAUAAUCUAAUGUUAUGAUUCAUUAACAGUUAUUGCAGUAAUAAACAAUUAGGUAUGAUUUAAUUUUA